AUGGCAAUGGUAAUCGAUGAAUGCGAUGAAAACUACGAAGAAAUACUGCAGCAAUGCAUAAAUUCCCAGAAAGAAUUGCAAAAAGAAAUAACUGACUUGUUAGGUGUGACUGUUUCUGAAAAAGGUCUACUACGUGCUGCAGUGAGAUGUUUGCCUUGUACAUGUGAUUCGAUUGACUCGUAUGGGUUUGUAGAACUUCAACAAGAGAGAACAAAGCUAACUCGUGAUGUUAUACAACUAUCUAUCAAUCUUGCAUCAAGACAAGGCCAUGUCGAUUUCGGAGAUUGUUGUAUGAUGUGUCGGUUGAAGGGUGUGCUCAGUAGUAUAUUAUACCCAAAUAAGUUUAUUGUAGAAGCUAAAGUUGAUGGUGAUAAAUGUCAUCUAAAAGAUAUUAAUGAUAAAACAUACGAAGCCAACUGCAUUGGAGAUGACUAAUUAGAAAAGCAUUAUUUAUAUAUUAAAAAGUAUUCACCUGCUUCUAAGUUGUUAUAAUUUAGACCA